GAGAAGAGGAAGGCGUGCACCUCUCCCCAAGGCUUACCUUACCUGUCUGGCUGCGGGACACUAUGGAGUUAAUUUAAAGAAAGGUGCUGAAGGAAUGCUUAAUUAGGGCUACGGGGCCAGCACGGAAGAAGUCAUUUCAAUGUCACUUGGGAGCCGUCCACUACAUCUCACCUGCUGCUGCUUAUUAUUCUUUUUUUGAACCGGACCGGACCAUGGACUGGGUGUCACACGAGCUCGGCGCCGCGGGACAGAGUCACGAUGCGUGCAUGUGGAAGGGUUAGUUAGUUAGUUAGUUAGUUAGUUAAUUAAUUAGUUAGUUACUAGGCCUAUUGUGGGGUCGGUUGGUGGCAAGUCGCUUCGUGGUUACGCAUCCAGUACGUACAGUGCAUGGCCCACGGACGGAGUGGCAACGACCAUGCACAAGCCCCUCCGAACCUGGACCCUGUACCCCGUGUUCCUGUGUUUGGGCAUCAUCUACCUCAGGCUCGGGGCCCUGUCCUCAGUGGUGGCUCUGGGCGCCAACAUCAUCUGCAACAAGAUUCCCGGGCUGGCACCUCGUCAGCGGGCCAUCUGCCAGAGCCGCCCGGACGCCAUCAUUGUUGUGGGCGAGGGCGCCCAGAUGGGCAUCAAUGAGUGUCAAUAUCAGUUCCGCUAUGGACGCUGGAAUUGUUCGGCGCUGGGGGAAAGGACGGUCUUCGGGCAGGAGCUGCGUGUAGGCAGCCGGGAGGCGGCGUUCACCUACGCCAUCACGGCGGCGGGUGUGGCCCACGCCAUCACGGCAGCGUGCAGCCAGGGCAACCUGAGCCAGUGCGGCUGCGACCGGGAGAAGCAGGGCUACUAUAAUCAGGAGGAGGGUUGGAAGUGGGGAGGGUGCUCGGCCGACAUCAAGUACGGCAUCGAGUUCUCCCGCCGGUUUGUCGACGCCCGGGAGAUUAAGAAGACCCCACGUCGCCUGAUGAAUCUGCACAACAAUGAGGCGGGGAGAAAGGUUCUAGAAGAAAGGAUGAAGCUUGAGUGCAAGUGCCACGGCGUCUCGGGCUCCUGCACCACCAAAACGUGUUGGACGACGCUCCCCAAGUUCCGGGAGAUCGGCUACGUGCUCAAGGACAAAUACAACGAAGCCGUGCACGUGGAGGUGAUGCGGGCCAACCGCCUGCGACAGCCCAGCCACCUGAAGGUGAAGCAGACUCAGGGCUACCGCAAGCCCAUGGACACGGACCUCGUGUACAUCGAGAGCUCGCCCAACUACUGCGAGGAGGACGCGGCCACGGGCAGCGUGGGCACCCAGGGGCGCCUUUGCAACCGCACCUCGCCGCACACGGACGGCUGCAACCUCAUGUGCUGCGGGCGAGGUUACAACACGCACCAGUAUACCAAAGUGUGGCAGUGCAACUGCAAGUUCCAGUGGUGCUGCUUCGUCAAGUGCAACACGUGCAGCGAGCGGACGGAGGUGUUCACCUGCAAGUAGAGAACCACGGAACGCCAGAUAAGGACCAGUGAGAGAUUUUUUUGGCCAUCGACACUACCAGCUCUUCACGGCAUCGUUUUGCACACAAGAAUCUUUAAUUUGCUUUUCACAGAGUAAAACGCAAACUACCAGUAGGCGACUUCACGCCAGGAUGUACGCAGUGACCACAACAUGGUGAGAAGUGCACUCUGGGAUUUUAAGACCCACAAGAGCCUUUGUCAAUGAGCGAAAACCUCCAUGGGUUUUAUGAGUGCUUAAGCGGACAUGGACCACCGCCCCCGAGUCCCAUGCCGAAUUGGCUCGGGGCGCACAUUGGGACACAAUUUUGUAAGCAAGGUGCGUUGAGGUGUAGCCAAAAAAUAAAAAUAUUGAGCGGAAAACUCUGCGGAAGCUUCUGCUGCCAACUGGAAUAUGGUGGAGUUAAUGUUAGUCUUCCAGUCACACUGGAACUGUCUGUUCUGCACACUGAAAAAUAAAUUGUUUAUUUAUGUAAUAGUAUCUUUAAAAAAAAAAAAAAACAAAGCACUAACGGGUAGAGAUGUCUUUUUUUUUUGUACUAAGUGUAAAGAAAGUACUUUAGGAGCUCUGACUGAAGCUGUAUGUCUUUAAGAAAACACCCCCAUCCGACCCUUAAAACACCUCAUCUUCUCUUGUUAAAAAGAGCCUCUUUAAAACGUGUCUCGCAUUCCCAACACCUUGGCUCUAUUUAAGUGUUGCAUCGUUUGUUUUUCUCGCGCUCCAUUGCUGGCGCGGGGUGACGUCUCGUUGGAUGUUCGAGCGGCGGGAAUGUUCCUGGAAGCUGGAUGUUGUUGUCGAGUGCUGCACUGAUACUUUCUCUUCAUUCGUGCUAAAUAAAAGUCCCCAUUUGAAAAGUACUCACCAAAGGCACAUGUUUAUUUAUGUUGUCGCUGACCGUUGAGUUGCCUCUACGCACUCACUUAACAUUACUUUACAUUAGCAUUUACCCAUUUUACAGUGGAUCCUCUGAUGUGGAACACCCCAAACGAGUCGAAAUCGACGGGGGGAAAAAAAGAAAAGAAAAAACAGCCAACUAGCACGAUACAAAUAAACACAAGAGUGAGGAAUAA